CGUAGUUUCAGACGUAGUUUCAUUUAUUUCGCCUCAGACUCUCAGAGGAGUAUUUGUCCACAAACUUGCCACAGCAGUAUCACACAAUCCCGGUAGUAAAGUGUAUUCAAUACGUAGGUGCGACAUGUCUGACGAAUCUCUAAAUCUAAUACCACGUCAGCGAGCGUCUUCAUUGAAGACACACGAUGGCACACCUACCGCUUCAAUUCUUAAUUUAGUGAAGACGAUAUUGGGGGCAAGUCUUCUAGCGUUACCAAAUGCAAUCCAGGCUGGCGGGUAUCUCGUUGGAUUUAUUCUCUUAGGGAUGAGUGCUUCGGCGGCAGUCUUUGGGUUGGACAUUCUCGCGCAUUGUGCUAGGAAUAUGGAGCAUACAAAGAGCCGUGACAGUACGUAUGGAGGCAUAGCUCUGGAUCUAGUACCUUCGAUGGGCAAAUUCAUCGAUUUUGCAGUAGCAAUCAAGUGCUUUGGCGUGUCCAUUUCAUACCUUAUCAUCGUGGGUGAUCUGCUGCCAGAUGUGGCGCGCGAAUGGGGACUAGCUGAAUAUAUGGACGGCCUACUGGCCGAGAGACAUUUUUGGAUCACGGUAGUCUUUCUUUUUGUUGCCGUGCCUCUAGCCACCCUCAAGCAUCUUGACUCCCUCCGAGUUUGGUCGCUGAUUGGAAAUAUUGCUGCUCUCUUUUUGGUUUUCGUGGUCUUCAUCAGCAGCUUCAAUACCUCACUGAAUCCCUGCCACCAGGAUCCUCUACCGGUGAAUAUCGCGGAGCAAUGUGCGGCGCCGAAUGUUCCGUUUGUGCCCACUAUACAGAUUUUGAAGUACGUGUCCAUCUUUAUAUUUGGAUUCACCUGCCAUCAGAAUAUUUUUACGAUACAUAAUGAGAUCGAGGACAACGGCCGUCAGAACAUGCGCUACGUGAUUGUUAGCUCAAUCGCCACCACACUUUGUAUCUACAUUGUAUUAUUGGGGUCUUCGCUGAAUACUUUCGGGCCCACAAUUGAUAAGGAUUUGCUAAAAAUGUAUCCUAAGAGCACGUUGAUGACGAUUUGCCGUCUGUGUAUAACGCUUCUGGUAGUAACGUCGUAUCCACUGCAGACACAUCCGUGCCGUGAUAAUAUCACGCACCUUCUUGCUAAGGUUUUCCCCAGGAUGGAUGUAUUCCACUCGGCCAGAAUCUACUACGGUAUCACCGGUGCUAUUUGUCUUUCGGGCUACAUCGUGGCUAUUUGCGUCACUGAUCUGAGCAAAGUGUUGGCCGUGGUUGGUGCUACGGCAUCUACAUUCAUCACAUACAUUCUCCCAGGAUUGUUCUACACAAAGCUACACCAGAAUGAUGGCUGGACUACUCGACGAAUCGGUGCAGCCGUGUUAUUUUGUGCCGGUUUGACAGUCAUGACCGUGUGCCUCACCGCAAUCUUCGUCCUUUGAUCAUCAAGCAGCACCGUUUUAGAACGCACAUAUGGUGCGAAACAUGCAAGAAUACAGUAUGACCUAGUUGUGACGAAGCCGCCGGAUAUCUAAGAAGCCUAUGCCACAAUCGUGACGCAAACGGACUGUUAUACAUUUCUGACAAGUGUCAGCAGCUUAGUACAAGCGCUCAGGAUUUGUUACAGCGAAAGGACGCAUACUUCAGCACAAGUUACUACCAAAUACGCAAUGCCUUAGUACUUGAGGGGUCCGUAUGUGAGUGAACGAAGUUUAGCCGUAUAGACCACUGACAAAUAACGGUAGUACUAAUAAACCAAUGAAGAUAUUCUGUGUUGACGCUGGCCUGCUACCCAUUUUCCAAGUGUCAGCCGCGUUGCGAGCGCUUCAAAUUUGUCGCAGCGAAAGAAUCAUACUCCCGUAAUAAAGUCAAGGAGAACUUGAUUUCGGUUGUUUGUUCCAAAACACAAAUCGCUUCGAAUCAGCUGCGCUGUUCUACAGCAGUCAUCACACGUUGGAGUUAGACGCAUACAAACCGUGCAGAAGUAUAUAUGAGCAGAUUACGCCUGUAGGCCAAACCAUACAAAGUGGGGGAUUAUUUGAGAUUUUGCGUAGUCACUAGCGCUACAUGGGAGGCGUUAAAAGUGAGACAUAUGUCUGCGACGGAGUAAAAAAAUAACUAUACCUAUCGAGUUUUCAGUGCAAAUGUAAAAGUUGUUUCCCCUCCGUACGUACCUACAACUACGAAGAGAACCAACACACGCACACUCAUGAAUUGACAACGAGAUGCAUAGUUUAAAAAUGAAUAUUUAAUCGUAUUGAGAAACCUUUGAAAGGACCUCGUCGUACUCAGUCUCGUCCGCGUCGGUAGCCUGGAUCUCCGUGUUGAUACCUACAAGCUUUUUGCGCACAGCGUCCUUACUUGAGGCAACCUACA